GUUAACCAAAAGAGACUAUCAUUGAUUUCAUACUGAUCAAUAGAGAAGACUGCCGCUCUGGAACCAAAGCUAGCUGGAAGCGAAACGCUACAAGAAACGCAAGUUGCCCUACGAAUUAAUCAACUGGUCCUCCAAUUCCUUGGUCAAAUUUUAGCACCACAAAUUCUUGAUUUUUUCUUUUGAUAAGAUCAAACCAACUGUACUUAACAAAAUAUAUCAUGUCUAUAAAUAAUAAAUUCACAUUCAAACCCAGCACUUCUCCACCCAUCAGCUUUCUUUUCAAUUUAUCAGUUAAUCUUUGGUUAACACAGGAAAUGCCUCUCUCGCGUAAUUGUCUUUUCUUUUUUUCUCUCGUUCUCUUGUUCGUUUCGCCUGGUAUAGCACAAACAACCUUCAGGCCCAAAGCAUUAGUCCUACCCGUCCAGAAAGACUCAUUAACUCUCCAAUACGUCACACAAAUCAACCAAAGAACUCCUCUCGUGCCUGUCAAUGUAACACUUGAUCUUGGCGGUUUAUUUUUAUGGGUUGAUUGCGAGCAAGGCUAUGUAUCCUCGUCUUAUAGACCUGCGCGCUGUAACUCUGCACAAUGUUCACUUAUUAAUGCAAGGCGCUGUAGUAAUGAGAUAUGCUUAGGUUCAAGUCCAAGGCCAGGCUGCAACAACAAUACAUGUUCGAGAUUCUUAGACAACAGGGUAAUAAGCUUUGGUACUGAAGGUGAAGUUGGUCAGGAUGUUGUGUCUGUCCAAUCUACCGAUGGAUCAAAUCCUGGUAUACUCGCUUCUGUCUCAAAUUUGCUUUUCACUUGUGCCCGUACAUUCAUUCUCGAAGGUCUUCCCAAUGGCGUAAAGGGAAUGGCUGGUCUUGGAAGGAAUAGGGCUUCUCUACCUUCUCAAUUCUCCUCUGCUUUUAACUUUCGCAAUAAGUUUGCCGUUUGCUUAACCUCUUCAAGUGCUAAGGGUGUCGUUUUCUUUGGUGACGGGCCUUAUGUUUUGCAACCAAAUUUCGAUGUCUCCAAAUCCCUUACCUAUACACCACUCUUGCAAAAUCCAUUAAGUACAGGUUCCGGAUUUAAUCCUACAGAAUCUUCCUCUGAUUAUUUUAUCGGAGUCAAGUCUAUCAAGAUCAAUGAAAAAACCGUUUCUUUGAAUACCACGUUGCUAAAAAUUAACAGCGAAGGGUCGGGUGGAACCAUGCUCAGCACUGUGAGGCCAUAUACUGUAAUGGAAACAACCAUAUAUAAUGCUGUAUUGAAUGCUUUCGUGAAAGAGCUAGCUCAUGUCCCUAGGGUUGCAUCAGUUGCACCUUUUGGGGCUUGUUUUGAUGCUAGUAAGAUUGCUAGCACUCGGCUUGGCCCAGCUGUGCCUUCCAUUGAUCUAAUGUUGCAGAGCAACAAUGUCGUGUGGAGAAUUAUUGGUGCUAAUUCAAUGGUGCAAGUUAACAGAGAUGUGCUUUGUCUUGGGUUUGUUGAUGGAGGUGUAGAUGCAAGGACUUCUAUAAUAAUAGGAGGGCAUCAAUUGGAGGAUAAUUUUCUGCAAUUUGAUCUUGCUGCUUCGAGGCUUGGGUUUAGCUCGUCUUUGUUGUCUAGACAAACAACUUGUGCCAACUUCGACUUCACUUCUAAAGCUUAAAGACUGUGUUUCUUGUAAAAUUUUUUUUUUUUUUAAAUUACAGCCUCCAUGUACUUCUGUAGACGGUAAUACUAAAUAAUGUGUGUUGAAACUUUAUGCUUAGAUGGAAGAAUUAAUAAUGGCUAUGCAUGAUUAUUAGUGUUGGCCUCACCUAUUAAUGUAUAAAUAAUGAUUAUUUUUAGUAAUAUCCUUUUGGUUGGUGGUCUAGGAACCCAAA